AUGACAUCCCGAUACCGAUAUAUUGGCGUUGGAGUGUCGACCCGCCAGACCGGAUCCAAUAUGAGGCCGUAUAGGUUUACCAGAUGCCCCGCUCGGGUUCAUUCUCGUCUGUGGUGGUCACACGUCUCUACCGCAGCCAGUCCCAUGGCGAGAUCCUUGGGUAGGAUCGAGCAAAGCACGCCAGCGAGACCCGGGAAUCUGGUAACGGCGGCGAUUGGGCUUCCCUUCCGGAGGGACAUGCGGCUGAGGGUGCUGGGAAGCCGCCAAAAGGAACAAUCGGAAGCGAUAUCAGCGAAACAGGCGCGCUGA